AGCAAAGAUUCCCCAAGAGUAAACCCCAGACAGGCAUUUCUGCCAUUUCUUAGAGGUGAAGCUCAUAUCUCUGUAUGUGUAGCAGUGCCAUUAAUGCUUGAAACUCUUAAUUUCUGACAGGAGAUUGCACUUUGUCUGAAUUUUCAUCUUCUGGGCUAAGCCUCUGCUGAAAGACAAUGGAUUGGGUCAAUCUUGUUCCCGUAGGGUUACUGUUUAUACUCAUUCUCCUGCUGAUUCUGAAAAGACAGCACGUUUGGAAGAGCCACACAACAGAAAACUUCCCCCCAGGACCCAGGCCUUUACCCAUCAUUGGAAACCUGCACAUCGUCGAUCUGAAGAGACCUUACCUGACAAUGCUAGAGCUAUCCAAAACCUAUGGCCCAGUCUUCAGCAUUCAGAUGGGACUAAGGAAAAUCGUGGUGCUAUCAGGAUAUGACGCAGUGAAGGAAGCUCUGGUGAACCAAGCAGAUGCAUUUGCAGGGAGACCUAAAAUAAAAGUCGUUGAAGAAACAGGAAAAGGAAACAGAAAAGGAGUUAUAUUUUCUGAUGGAGAAAACUGGAAAGUGAUGCGAAGAUUUACUCUUACAACCUUACGAGACUUUGGAAUGGGCAAGAAGGCCAUAGAGGAUCGUGUAGUAGAAGAGUAUGGAUGCCUGGCAGACACCAUAGAGGCACAGAAAGGGAAGCCCCUUGAGAUGACUCUGAUGAUGAAUGCUGCUGUUGCUAAUGUGAUCGUAUCCAUAUUGCUUGGAAAGCGAUAUGACUAUGAAGACCCCACAUUCAAAAGGCUUCUGUCAUUGGCGAACGAAAAUGUCAGGAUUUUUGGAAGUCCAUCAGUUUCGAUGUACAACACAUUCCCAGUCCUUGGAUUCCUCCUGAAGGACCACAAAAUUUUUAUCCAGAAUGUCAAAGAAAUCAAUACUUUUAUCAAGGUGACUUUCAUAGAACAUCUCAAAACCUUGGACAGAAAUGACCAGAGGAGCUUCAUUGACACUUUCCUCGUGAGACAACAAGAGGAGAAUGGAAAGGCCAAUGGAUAUUUCCAUGAUGAAAACUUAACUGAGGUUGUGAGAAAUCUGUUUGUAGCUGGCAUGGAGACCACAUCCACCACUUUGCGCUGGGGCCUUCUGCUCAUGAUGAAAUACCCUGAAAUUCAGAAAAAAGUCCAAGAAGAGAUAGAGCGAGUGAUAGGGUCAACCCCACCACGGAUUGAGCAUCGAAUUCAAAUGCCAUAUACAGAUGCUGUUGUCCAUGAAAUUCAAAGGUUUGCUAAUAUCUUGCCAUUGAACGUGCCUCAUGAGACCACUGAAGAUGUGACUCUCAAAGGCUAUUUCAUUCCCAAGGGAACCUACAUCAUCCCAUUACUGGCCUCUGUCCUGCGAGACAAAUCCCAGUGGGAGAAACCAGACAUCUUCUACCCUGAGCAUUUCCUCGACUCAGAGGGGAAGUUUGUAAAGAGAGAUGCUUUCAUGCCUUUUUCAGCAGGACGGAGGAUCUGUGCUGGAGAGACUCUUGCCAAAAUGGAGCUCUUCCUCUUCUUCACCGGUCUCCUGCAGAGGUUCACCUUCCACCCUCCACCUGGAGUUGCCAUCUCUGACCUGGACCUCUCUCCCUCCAUUGGGGCCACUGUGUCCCCAGUGACUCACGAGGUCUGCGCAGUGCCACGUUCCUAGGGCUUUUCUGAGCCAUCUCCUUUUCCUGAAUCACCCAGACGAAAUAUCUUUGUCUCUAGUCCCACGUGGGAAGUUUGGUACUUCUGAAUCCAGUAUGGGAUUCUUAGCCCAAGCACACCUUGGCUCAUAGCUAGAGGUGUCUCACCCACCAUUAGAGCAGGUAGUAGCCCUGACUUCUACCCACUCCUUAAAAGGGAAAGCGAUGGUCAUUGUGAGGAUGAAUCCCACGAGGGAGAUGGCAAAGGCCGUUUCAUUCAAGUCCUUCCCUACGCCUCUGCAUGUUC